CUGAGAGCGGAUGCUGGAGAAGGAUAAGCAGGCACAGGUUUCCUAACUUCUGUUUCUGUGUGCGGAACUUGAAACAGAGCGAUCGAGAUGCGUGGCCUGUUUUCUACCAUCUUUCUGCUCCUCGUGGCCUUGACGAUUGUCACUACAGAGGCUGGAAAAAACAGGAAAGGUAAAGGAUGGAAAGGGGUCUCUGACUGUACAGACUGGCGUUUUGGGAACUGUGUGGCUAAUAAUGGAGAUUGUGGAAGUGGUGUGAGGGAGGGGACGUGCAAUGAUCAGACCAAGAAGCUGAAGUGUAAAGUGCCCUGCAACUGGAAGAAGGAGUUUGGUGCUGACUGCAAGUACAAGUUUGGUACUUGGGGUGAGUGUGACAAUUCUACAGGCUUGAAAAGUCGCUCUGGCACCCUAGUGAAGACUCUCUAUGAUGCUGAGUGUCAGCCUGUCAUUAUGGCCUCCAAACCCUGCUCAACCAAGAACAAAGCCAAAUCCAAAGGAAAGAAAGGAAAAAGAAACUAGAAAAAGGAGACAUCCAGCAAUGGAAGUGUGAAGACCAGUCCCCCCAAAUCCCAGCCUUUCAAUAUUCUAGCUCUCUGAAUCCCUCACCUUUUUUUUUCUGUCUCUGUUGAUAUGGCAUACACUAGACACCUUUCUUCUCCAUACUGUAUUUACAGUCCUAGAGCACAGGAAUGUGGCUACUGUGAUAUGACUGACAGAUAUUGUAUGGCAUCGCUGUUCCACAAAGUAGAAUGAAACGCUGAUGUUUGGAAGAAAAUAAUCCUUUGGCUCUUUGUAGAAGACAGAAAGAUUACACACACUGUCAAAAGCUCAUAGUUCACACCUGAUGCAAGAACUGCACACACAUGC